AUGGAGCAUCAGAUCCAGUUCUUUCCCACAGAUGCCGUCGAAAUAGACUAUGAGGCAUUGCCAGAAGAUGCCUCAUUGGCAGCUCAUUUGGGUGCAGGUGCGCUUGCCGGGAUUAUGGAACAUACAGUUAUGUUUCCUAUUGACUCAAUUAAAACAAGAAUGCAAAUGUCCUUUUCAACAGAAGCAGUUUCCCGUGGUAUGAUAAAGUCAAUUUCUAGAAUUAGUUCUAGUGAAGGGUUCUAUUCCUUAUGGAAAGGUGUUUCUUCGGUUGUAUUAGGUGCUGGUCCAGCUCAUGCCGUCUAUUUCUCGGUGUUUGAGUCAACAAAGACAUUAUUAGUUAACAGAUUAACAAACUCCCCUCAUUCCAAUAAAAUAGUGACUGAUGCCAAUCACCCGAUAUUUGCGCUGGCUGCAGGUAUAGCUGCCACCACAUCCUCCGAUGCUUUAAUGACCCCCUUUGAUAUGUUAAAACAACGAAUGCAAGCAGGUGCGGCGUAUCAAGAAAAUAAAUCAACUUCAAUAAGGUUGAUGAGAUUAGCAGGUGACAUUUAUAGAAAAGAAGGGAUCGGUGCCUUUUACAUAUCAUAUCCAACAACAUUAUUCACUAAUAUUCCUUUUGCAGCAUUAAACUUUGGAUUUUAUGAAUAUUCAUCAUCUAUAUUAAAUCCAUCACAUACAUAUGAUCCAUACUUACAUUGUGUUGCUGGUGGUAUUGCAGGUGGUAUCGCUGCUGCCCUUACCAAUCCGUUCGACUGUGUCAAGACUGCAUUGCAAACUCGAGGAAUCACCAAGAAUGAAUCCUUGAGACAUGUCGAUGGGUUUAAAAGUGCUGCUAGAGCCUUAUAUCAACAAGGUGGAAUCGGUGCAUUUACUAGAGGAUUAAAACCAAGAAUCAUCUUCAAUGUCCCAAGUACUGCAAUUUCAUGGACAGCUUAUGAAAUGUUUAAGGAAAUUUUGAUUAGAGGUUGA